UGGGUGCUGGCCUUUGAGAUCUUCAUCCCGCUGGUCCUCUUCUUCAUCCUGCUGGGUCUGCGGCAGAAGAAGCCAGCGAUUCCCGUCAAGGAAGUGUCCUUCUACAGCGCUGCCCCGCUCACCUCGGCUGGCAUCAUUCCCAUCAUGCAGUCGCUGUGCCCAGAUGGACAGAGGGAUGAAUUUGGCUUCCUGCAGUACAAGAACUCCACUGUGACCCAGCUGCUGGAGAGGAUCAGCGAAGUCGUCGAACAGAACCGACUCUUCACUUCUGACCGACCCGGUCUGGGUCAGGAGUUGGAGAUGUUGCAGAAACACCUGGAGACUCUCAGCUCCACGCCUUUGCCGACAGACUACCACUUCAACAGCAGCCAAGGUCUUAACACGCAGCCACACUUUGAUGUGAUAUUCGUUUAUCUUCCAGGUUUCUGUUAUCGCUCAGUUAACUCAGUUGACUGUACAAAGAAGGAACCUUGCAAAUGAGUUAUUUGCAAGUCAUUCAGUCAAAUAUACGCAUGGAGCGUCAAC